AUGGACGAGGAAAACAACGUUUUCCCUGAGUUGAAGGAUAUAGAGACAAAAUUGGGCCGAAAAGUACCGGAUAGUCUCGUUCGGACUCUUGUUGGAGGAAAACAUAAAGAGCAACAUGAGAAGUCGACAGCGACGCAUUUAGCGGACUGCAAGUUUUGGAAUAAAUCUGCGGACUUGAAAAGACUGGAGAGCAAGAUGCUGUUCCUGAAACAAGAAAUGGUAAGCAACUUUGGCUUUUGGGGGGUAUCAUUGGCUGAACUUUUUAGUAGUUGAUCAAGUGUUUAUGAAAACAAAGGUGCAACUUGAAAAAUCACCUAAUAGCCUUUAACACAAUCAUCACGUGCGGCGCAGUUAAAUAUUUAAUCCAGUGACGCAAUUUAUGUUCGUUACAAGUUGACCGGCUAACUACUGAUUUAUUAAGAAAUGUAACUUCAGACUCUAUGUAAAGCCAUAUUCAAACUAGGUAUUACCUUGUUUACACGUUUUCCGGAAUUAACAUUGUAAUGUGUGAACUUUCUCCACUGUAUGUUGUUGUACCAAUGCCCAUAGUCACAGGAAAUGCAGUGGCAGUCUACAUAUCAACACGUGGUCGUUAAAUGCAAAGUUUCGGUGUUGCCAUCAAAGCCCUGUGAAACCAGUGGUCUGUUCUUAUUGAUAGCCAUUCACACCUCAAGUCAGCAGGGACCAUUGUUGAUGAACAGCAGUCUCCUCCCUCUGUUGUUAUUCAAACUUCUCCCUUAAGUACAUUUCUACCCUUAUAAGUGCCUUUGUUGGCAUGGUUUCAUCUGUGAACACCCAGCAUUAAAUGAUCCUCAAAUAUCAUCAUUGAGAAACCAAGUCUUGAGUCACAGCAAACCCUCCACUUGAAGUCAGGUCACCAAAGGUAUUAAGACUCCUGAACAGAUGGUCUGUUUGACCGAGUUUUGCAGACUGCAGGCUAGUGGAGCUGAAUCAUGGAGAACAGGCUGGCUGAUCACUCAGUGAAGCAGUGUUGAUAGGCUUAGCUUUGUUUAUGUUAGCCUACACCACAAUAGGUACCCGUCUAUCACUGGCUCAUUUUGCAGUUGUAAAUUUAACACUUGGCAGGUAAUCAUUUAUGCUUAUUAAUCAGCCUUGUAGGACUGAUUGUUAUAAGUCAGUUGGUUUCAGUGUAUUGUAGCCCUUUAAUGCCUGACACCACAAUUUUUUUGUGUCUGAAAUGAAUCACUCAAUCCCUAACCCCUAACCCCUAACCCCCAUAUGCGGUUUCACCAAAUAGCUGACUAUGUAGUGAGCUCAAUCACCAGAGGUUUCGGACACUACAUGGCAUGACGCAAUGCUUGACGGGAUGCCCACCACAGACGAGUGACCAUCGGAUGGUCACUACAUUUUGUAAUGCUCUAUGGGAAAUUUUGAGUCGCCUAUAUGGGGCAUUAGAAUUGAUAACUCGGGUUUCAGACACCCCUCAAAAUGGCACUAACCCCCAUAUAGUCGCCUUUAUAGGGGUUAGAGGUCCAUUUCGGACACAGCCGAAAUAUUUCUUUCACUUACUACUGAAAACCGAAAAAAAAAAUAAAAAAUCAAAUUGUCCUUAAAAUCAAACAAAUAUAUUCAUUUAUCUCGUUUGUUGAUCAUAUUGAUUUGAUAGAAGUAAAUAAAAGUAUGUAUCAAAUAUGGUAAAAAAGGCAACAAAGGGUUAAGAUUUGACCCUGCUACUGUGCCACCUGUAAGAGUAUAAUUGCUAAUCCAGACUACAAGACUGUUAAUUUUUCACUUUACACUAUAUUAUUGACUGAAAUCAUGUAUGGUAGUUGGUAGCAACAGUUGAGUACAGCCAGUAACAAUAAGUUGUCAACCAUGACAGAUAAUCUUGUUAAGGCCGAUGCAGAUAACUUAUUAUAUAUUGCUUUACUGAUAUGUUUUUCCAUCCCAAGGUUCGAGCCUAUCUUAAGAAGUCAAGUGUACUGUUCCCCUAAAAGGUUGAGGACAAGCUCUGAUUAGUCUUGUCUGAUAAGUUAAACAUGUUGUCGGUUUACACCAAAUCAUGCAGCCCUAAUUGUGCCCCUAAACCCAUUUUGUGAUUUGGACCCACUGAUGCCAUCUUAUUAACAUGAGAUAACUCCUUGGACUAAAAUUCCAAUAUGACUCCAUCUGCUCAGCUCCUAUGUAUAUAUCAAGCGGGCAGUAAUGCUCACAAAGCAAACACACCGACAGCAAUAGAAGCUAAAUGAAGGAUGCAAGCUAAUCCUCUCCAAAUACAGCCAGCUGUCUGAAUCGCCGUGCCAGCCUUGUCUGCUGUCAUCUGCCUCAAUGCUUUCCGAACCUUGCAGGCUGUUACAGCUGUCUAUUAACCUUUUUUUUUUCUUGGUCUGACUGGGAGCUUUGAAUGACACAGGCUGCCCACAUCCACCACCAGUCAAUGGCAUGGAUUGUCCUGACAGGGAGUUAAAUCAAAAGCCAUACUGUGUUGGUCCUCUCAUCGCUCAGAAUCAUGGAUGCAAACAGUUUCCUGGCUUUAGUCCUGUUUUCCGGUGUCACAUAGUUAAGGCUUUUUGUUCACAACAAAGCCUGAUAGUCUAAACAAAAUAGCACAUAGUGUUCUGGCAAUGGGAGGACACAAGAACGCUCACAGAAGUUGAGAAAAUACAACCACCACAAGGAUUAUUUAGAAGCUGAACUGAACCUUUAUUCAUGUCACAUGAUCGUCAUCUGCAGAUUGAGAUUGCCGAUUUUUUUACUGUAUAAUAAAUCUUCAUAAUUCUCUUUUUGCAGUGUCUGAGUAAGCCCUUGUUCAAUCUGCCUGUGACUCGUGGCACGAUGUGAAGCUUUUAACAGCUACUUACCGUACCAUGUGGUGAGAUUAUAGGACUCUUGUUUGCCUGGUCCGAAAUGAACCUUGCACCCUUUUUUCUAAGAAUAAGUUAGCAAUGAUGCAAGUGCUGGUUUUGCAUUAUUCAUGGCCUAAGUUGCCCUUCUAGUGCCAUACAACAUACAGUAUUUGUGGACCGCACAGUGACAUAAAGGGGCCUCCUAGAGAUUGCACAGUAGUGAUAAACCUCACUCAGGUUUCCACAGAUCAACCAGCUUCAUAGAGGGCAUUUUUGCUCUUCUUUGGAGAAGAACUGAACAGAAAAGAGUCUGAAGACCUUUAUAGCAAGCCAAAUUGCAUUGCUCACAUUAUAUUAACAUUAUCACCCCCAUGUUCUCAUCCGUUGUGAGUUUCCUGACUUGUACUUGUUGCAUUCACAUACAAGUUUGGCUAACUUCUUGCAGAUAUUCGACAAUAGGCCACCAGGGCAAAAUCUGGGUAAAAUCAGAGUGGAUAAUUUAGCCAUUUUUGUUCACACUUACACCCCAUCCUGAAAAUUUUGGGACAUUUUCAGGCGUUUGGUGUAUGAGUAAAUACCGCCUGCUUUAUAAUGGAAAGUUUAGGCGAGUAUUAGUUUGCUAAUAUCACUCAAAGAUGAAUUGUGUUCCCCACAAUAUCAUGCUACCUCUUUUCAAAUGGCGACUGAUACAGGGCCAGUAGCAGAUAAGCACGUUAAACUAUAAUCCAUAAACGUAAGGUAACAACCGAGACCUAAUGGUGUUGUGACAGCAACGUGAUUGAGUUUGAGACAGUGAAAAUACAUAUGGUAUGUUGUAUUUAAACAGGUUAGCUUUUGAGCUAAAGUUACUUAGCACAGAUGAAAGUUUAAACAAAGACGUUCACUAAACUGUUAAAUCACACAAACCAUCGUAAUAUGAGAGAUCAGACGCUAUGACUCUCCACAAGUUGUCCUUCAGGUCGUUAUCUUUGUAAUGUUUGUGUUUUUUAUCAAAAAGCACUCUGUACUCUGACACGUAAACAAUCAGCUGGUCGGCCAUGUUGGAUAUACCAGUGAAUCAGACGUCGCAACAGCACGCAAUCUGAUUGGUCAGAAGUGGACACACAGUAUGUGAAACUUCAGAAAAAUUGACCGUGAUACGAAAAAAACAAAUUCCGCAAUAUCGCAGGAUGGGAAAACGUCGCUGAUGUGAACGCUUGUAUUGACAGGAUACGGAUUCGAUAAAAAUAUUGACGUCCGAAAUAAUCGCACGAAAAAAACGGUCCCAGUGUGAAAGGACCUUUAGUCUGCCUAAUGGAGCAAAGGUUUUCUGUGCCACUGUUGCAAAGUACUCGCUCAUUUGUACGUUAAACUGUAAUUUUCUUGUUACACUAAGAGCACAGUCUCAAUUUUCUUUGUUAAUAUCAGUUGCUAACCUUUUGUAAUUUUGUGCCAUAUGGAUAAAUAGUUUUCUCCGCUUUACAGGCACAUCUACGAGCCAUCGAUGGAAAACUGAUGCAGCAGCUGAUGUCAAUCAACGAGGGCAUUGAGUCCAUCCGUUGGAUGAUAGAUGACAAAGGAGGCGUGGCCAGCCAAGACGGCAGCCUGACAGGCAGCUUGUACAGCCUAUCAGACAGCCAGGACGGUACCUCACUGCGAGGCAGCUUUAACAGCCUGAAUGAUGGGAACAGUGACGGGUUAGACAGUCUCUCCGUGGGCAGCUACUUGGACACGCUAGCAGAGGACCUCUCAGACAGCGCGUCGCCUACAGAUCUGGACAGUUUCAUGGAGAAAUCGGUUAUCGACGGUGACGCUUUCAGUAAAUCUCCUCUGAAACUCAGGGUGGAAUCAGAUGAAUACUACUGUUUUGGAUAG